AUGGCGGAGGUUCCUAUCGUCCUCGACGGCGGAACCGGUUUCCUGAAGGCGGGAUAUGCAGGACAGAACUUUCCCGACCACCAGUACCCAUCAAUAGUCGGCCGACCGAUCCUACGUUCCGAAGAGCGGGAUGGAGACAUCGUGGUCAAGGACAUAAUGUGCGGAGAUGAGGCAGCGGCGGCCCGAUCGAUGCUUCAGAUCACAUAUCCUAUGGAAAACGGCAUCGUGAAGCGUUGGGAUGACAUGCAGCACCUCUGGGACUACACCUUUUUCGAGAAGAUGCGCUUAGACCCCACGGGCCGCAAGAUCCUCCUUACCGAGCCGCCGAUGAAUCCUCUCAAGAACCGUGAACAGAUGUGCGAGGUCAUGUUUGAGCGCUACGACUUUGGAGGAGUAUAUGUGGCUAUACAGGCUGUCCUAGCUCUGUACGCUCAAGGUCUCUCCUCGGGAGUGGUGGUAGACUCAGGCGAUGGUGUCACGCAUAUUGUUCCGGUUUAUGAAAGCACUGUGCUCAACCACUUGACACGUCGGUUGGAUGUGGCUGGUCGCGACGUCACUCGGAAUCUGAUCGCUCUGCUGCUACGAAGAGGUUACGCUCUCAACCGAACUGCCGACUUCGAGACUGUGCGGCAAAUCAAGGAGAAGCUCUGCUACGUCUCGUAUGAUUUGGAAUUGGAUCAGCGCCUGAGCGAGGACACCACAGUUUUGGUGGAAUCUUACACCCUACCUGACGGUCGCGUCAUCCGCGUCGGCAGCGAACGCUUUGAGGCUCCCGAGUGUCUGUUCCAGCCGCACUUGGUGGAUGUUGAGCAACCUGGUAUCGCCGAAUUCCUCUUCAACACUAUUCAAUCCGCCGACGUCGACGUACGAAGCAGCUUGUACAAGGCUAUCGUGCUCAGUGGUGGAAGCAGCAUGUAUCCUGGCCUCCCUAGUCGUCUGGAGAAGGAGCUAAAACAACUUUGGCUGACCAAGGUGCUGGGUGGAAACCCAGAGCGUUUGAACAAAUUCAAGGUACGCAUUGAAGACCCACCGAGACGUCGGCAUAUGGUCUUCCUCGGAGGAGCCGUGCUUGCGAAUAUUAUGGCGGACAAGGAGAACAUGUGGAUAUCAAAACAGGAGUGGCAGGAACAGGGGGCGAGGGCGUUGGAGAAGCUUGGUGCAAGAUAA